AUGUCUGUGACUGCUACUACUACCACGACACGCUCGUUGUCUGUCCUCGCCGACUACGAGGUCCAUCAUAGCGGAUCUGAGCAGAAUGGCUCCUCUGUACCGGUGAAUUCAGAGCAGCCGGCUGACUGGCCGACUCAUCAUCGUCGUAUGCCGACGUAUCGUCCUGCCAACUCUCGACUCGACCUGGGCGAUCGCCCGGCGGGUAAUGGGCACCCUGCCGAGUAUGCCUUCAUUCAGAUCAUGUUGCACGGCGUAUGGUUAAAUGCGUCUGUUGCUCGACUGUGGCGGUUUACCGGCGGAAGAAUCAACGACAAGAUCUUCCAUUACGAAGUUGGCGGAGAAUGGUAG